GAAAGGAAUCCAAUUCAACUACAUUUACAAACACACCACUAGACAACACCAAAAGCAAUUAAAAAACAAAACAAAACAAAACAAAAUAAAAAAACCGAAUAAAGAAUGGCCACCACACAAAGUGCUGAUUAUGAUAUUUCAAAAUAUACUGAUCGUGUCAGUUUAUGGAGUAACGAUCCCAACGCUCAUCUCUCGGGUUACUUUACUCUUUACUACCAUGUCGAAUCAGAGUUAACGCCUACAAAACCUGAUACAAUCCUGGGUGACAUUUACGUUCGUCAGGCACCCAACAAGAUUUGCGUUCUUGGAUUAUCUCCUAGCCAUCCUUUUAUUGUAUCAUCAAGCUCUUUGAACAAAGACGAUCUCAAAAAAGAGUGCAACGUUGUGCUGGCCACAGAAUUGGUUGGAACCAAGGUUACUUAUGAUACCACUAUUGCUCAAAUUAUUGUCGGUCAAAUCACGUAUCUCAUCAAGGCACGUAUGCAAGGCCAACUGCUCGAACUAAACCCACGUCUCAAGGACACACCUGAACUUUUGUGGGAACAUACAAUGGAUACAGGCUAUAUUGCAGUAAUUAUGUCGCGUGUAGACGACACAAAGCAACAACUUAAGGGCUAUCUUACCGAAGAGGAAUACAAUACCAGCUUGGCAGAGAAGAAAUCAGAAUAGGUUAUUUGUACUAUAUUACAUUAUACUAUAGUAAUAUAGAUGUUUUUUCUUUCUUUCUGAUUUUGGUUUUGAUUUUGUGGUAGUGUUUUGCACCUGUAAAUAUAUUUUAUUAAGCAUUUAUAUGUAAAAAGGAUAUUUUUAUUAUAAUUUUCAAGUAAUAAUUAUCAUUUAGCCUGUGUGCAAAGAGGCAAAUCCU